AUGGAAGGGAUGGAGGAAGAUACGUGGGAUAAGGACGAGCAUGAAAAGUUCGGUGGAUCAGACAGCAUGAGCGACUUCGUGCAUGUGGAGGCAUCGGAACUUACAGAAGCCGAAAGGGAAGUAGAGGUGGAGGAGGUUGGAUCGAGCGAUGAUGCAACAGCGGCAAAGCAGUCUGUGAGGUCGGACGACGAGGAAGGGAGCAAGCUUGGCGAUUCGUUCGCUCUCGUGCCUCUUAUGAAAGGAGCGCAUGAGAACUGGCAGUUCCGAUUCAUCCGCAACUCAGCCCUGCUCAUCAUCGCGCUCAAGAUUGUCUGGCGAGUGAUCAACACUUAUCGCGAGCGACAGAGGCUCAAGGAGCAAGUCAGGUCGAGCAAGUUUGCUAUCCGAAUGUUGCAGGCGGAACUCCUGUCCGUGCUUGCCGACCGCCAGCAGCUGGAGAAGUUGUUGCUGGAUGUCGCGAACCACAUGUUGAGGACGUUUGUCUCCGACAAGUGCGACGCGUUAACCCCCCAGGAGCGGAGAGAUCAGUCUUAUCCAGGAGUCUCGGAUGUCCUCCUGGUCUGGUGA